AUGGAGAUUGCUAAGAAGAAACUCUCGGAGAAUGAUUACAAUGGUGCGAAGAACUUCAUUAACAAGGCUCAGCUGUUGUAUCCAAAUCUUGAUUGUUUGAAGCAAGUUUCAAUGAUGAUCAAUGUUUAUAUCUAUGCAUCAAACAGAGGAGGAGAGUCUGAUUGGUACAAGAUUCUCGGCGUCGAUCCUUUAGCGGAUGAAGAAGCAGUGAAGAAAACUUACAAGCAGUUAGCUCUUUUGCUUCAUCCGGACAAGAACAAGUUUGAUGGUGCGGAAGGCGCCUUUAAGCUGGUUUCAGAAACUUGGUGUUUGUUAUCUGAUAAGAUUAGGAGAGCUUCUUAUGAUCAAAGGAGGAAGUCGAGAGAAGCAUGCACUCAUAUCCAUAGAGCAUCAAACCAACAACAGAGGGAGAAAGCAAGAAGUCGUCAGUAUGCGUCUAGGGAUUCAUCAAAAAGCCGUAUGUUGUGGUACAAGAAGUUAGCACUUUUGCUUCAUCCGGACAAGAACAAGCCUAAUGGCUCAGAAGGUGCCUUUACGCGGUUACAGAAGUUGGUAAUGGAUUUGCAGUUUGUAACUCGUAAUGUUAAGAAUGAAUGUAUGGAAACGAAUGAGGAAAGUGAUGGAGAAACUCAAGGACCGGUUCAGGGUGACUGUGAAAAAGCUGAUGCUUGGAAAGAGUUUGUAUCGCGACAGAGAAGGAUUGCGCAACAACACUCACUUGAAAAGAGGCAACGUAGUAGUUCAGCGAUGCUGCUUGGUCUGGAUGUUCUGGACUGUCCCAUUUGCUUCGAGGCACUGACUAUUCCAAUCUUUCAGUGUGAUAAUGGGCAUUUGGCUUGCUCCUCUUGCUGUCCCAAACUGAGUAAUAAGUGCCCUACGUGUGCUUCGCCUGUUGGCCACAAUCGCUGCAGAGCAAUGGAGAGUGUUCUUGAAUCAGUCUUUGUCCCUUGCCGUAACGCCAAGCUUGGAUGCACCAAGAACGUAUCUUAUGCGAAAGAAUCAAUCCAUGAAAAGGAAUGCACUUUUACUCAAUGCUCCUGCCCUGUAUUGGAAUGCAGUUACACUGGAUCAUAUGAUAACAUCUACACUCACUUUUUUGAUAACCACUGUCACGAAUCCAAAUCUGUGUCCUUUUUUUGCGGUGGUGCAGUUGAUGUUCAGAUGAACAUAGCUAGCGAGAAGAGUUUAGUACUUUGGAAAUCUAAGAAGAGACUAUUGUUUGCACUGCAAUGUUUCAAUGAGCCGCAUUGUUUGUAUGUGACUGUUAGAUGGAUUGCACCAUCUGCUUCGGAACUAGGUCAGCUUGCAUACUGUCUCUACUACUCUAUGGAUGGGCACACUCUUACUUAUAAAUCACCAGAAGUGAAGAGAGUUCUUGAAGUGAGCUCUGAAACCCCUCAAGACAGUUUCAUGUUUGUCCCUCACUCUCUAUUGCGUGGUGACUCGUUGGAGAUGAAGAUUACCAUCGGACUGAAGGUUUCUGCGAGCUCAUAA